AUGCAAGGAUUUGGGAGAUCAUUUUUUGCACUGAAGAAUGUUUUGGGAGUUAACAAGAAAAUUGCUGACCCCGAGUAUGACAUGAUGAAGAAGAGAUUAUUAGACAUGUCAGCGGAGUUUAAGAAGGCAAUCGUGACGAUAGAAUCUCUUCCUAAAACAGUUGUUUUGGUCUCGACUCAGCAUUUGACGAUAUUAAACUCUCUUCAUCUCUGUGUACAGAUGUCUAAUAAUACCCCAGACACUUUAAAUCAAAUCACUACUCUCAUCGACCCAUUCAAUAAAAUGCAGGCAGAGGCAACAAAAUAUAUGAACGACGUCCAUAACUUGGUUUUAACACCAUUAAAGACGUAUGGCGAACAGUUCAACCAACUCGUUAAACGAUGUCAAGUCGCGGAGAAGAGAAAGGAGGACUUUGACUAUGCCAACGAGAAACUGAUGGACAUCACAAAACGUCCUAUUAACAAACAAAAAGGAUUGGCAGACGCACAGACGUUGUACACAACUGCCAAAGAGAACUAUGACUGGCUGAAGUUGGAGUUGAUUGAAGACACUGACAAACUGUGUAAGAACUGCGAAGUCGUCGCGUUACCAGUUGUAAAACAAUUACUCGACCACUACUCACAAUACUUGAGCGAACUAAAUACGACGUGGAACGCCAUCCCUGAACUGACUAAGAAAAUCGAACACUCGGACAUCUCUGUUGAGUACGUGAUAAAGGCAUUUGCAGAUUCAAUGGAAAAAGAUACUAAUGUACUCAACAAGAGAAAUUCCCUUUACCCACACAUCGAACCUUCACAACAAACACAACAAGUCGAGGGUAUCCAAUAUACACAGAAGAUAGAAAAUGAACAAGUUGUCCCCCCACAACAAAUCUACCAAAUCCCAACACAAUCGGAAACAACCACUCAACAACAAACACACGCAUUACCACCUCUCCCUGUCCAAAAAAAAGAAAACGAGAAGUUCUGUAAAGUCAAUUAUGACUAUGAAGCACAAGAAGCAAAUGAACUGUCAAUUAAAACUGAUGACACAGUAAAAGUCUUGAGCUCAAGUGGUGAUUGGUGGGUCGGCGAGUUAAAUGGGAAAACAGGACAGUUUCCAAGUAAUUACGUCACUCUGCUCUAA